UUUGAAACAUUUCAAGCAAAAGAUUGGACCAAAAAUAAGGGCGUCUGCCAAGUUUGUUGAGUUUGACUUUUCAGUGCAUUGUUGUUGAUGACAUCCGUUUCUGGGUAAUAACACAAGCGUUGGUUGAUUGCCAUUAAAGUAAACAACGUCUGCUUAUUACUUAAUUUCAAAAUCUAUUCAAUCAGUGACUUGGGUUAUGCUACAACAUGGCUACCGAGAAAGUUACACUCGCCGAUGCGUUAUCUAACGUUGAAGUGCUAGAUGAAUUGCCACUUCCAGAUCAACAACCAUGUAUCGAAGCUCAGGCUUGUUCAGUUAUUUAUCAAGCAAACUUUGAUACCAAUUUUGAAGAUCGAACUGCCUUUGUAACAGGAGUUGCGAAAUACAUAGAAGAGGCAACUGUUCACGCAAGCCUGAAUGAUAUGCUUCAAGAAGGUCAAGAGCAUGCUGUAAUGCUGUACACUUGGAGAUGCUGUUCAAGAGCAAUUCCGCAGCCUAAGUCAAAUGAACAACCCAACAGAGUUGAGAUAUACGAAAAAACAGUUCAGGUCCUGGCUCCAGAAGUCAACAAGCUGUUAAAUUUCAUGUAUUUUCAAAGAAAAGCAAUCGAGCGCUUCAGUGCAGAAGUGAAACGACUUUCCCAUACGGAAAAGCGUAAAGAUUUUGUUUCUGAAGCUUAUCUUCUCACUCUGGGAAAAUUCAUUAAUAUGUUUGCUGUUCUGGAUGAAUUGAAAAACAUGAAGUCUAGUGUAAAAAACGAUUACUCUGCAUACCGCAGAGCUGCCCAGUUCCUUAAGGUGAUGACAGAUCAGCAAGCGUUACAAGAAUCCCAAAAUCUGUCGAUGUUUCUAGCUACCCAAAACAAAAUUCGCGAUUCACUUAAAGAAGCUCUCGAAAAAAUUCCAUCUUAUGAGGAGUUGCUUGCCGAUGUAAUCAACUUGGCCGUUCAUAUGCUGGAAACUCGCAUGUACCUUCUUCCGGAAGAAAAACAUAUGCUGGUCAAAGUUCUCGGUUUUGGAUUGUUUCUCAUGGAUUCUGAAAUAUGUCAGAUAAACAUUUCCAAACUAGAUCACAAAAAGCGAAUUAGACUCGACAAAAUCGACAAAAUUUUUAAAAAUCUGGAGGUUGUCCCUCUGUUUGGUGACAUGCAAAUUGCUCCAUUUAAUUAUAUCAAGCGGUCAAAAACCUACGAUGCUUCACGAUGGCCCUUGUGUGGUGCAACUCUACCUUCACCUCAGGCUGAUUUAAUGGUUCAUUUGCCACAAAUCCGUGAAGAUCACGUUAAAUUUACGAGCGAACUGGCACGCUAUAGCAACGAAGUCACAACUACUUAUAAAGAAACGCGCUCCCCGGAGGAGAUGAAAGAAAUGAUGGAGCUUGCUCUUCGUGGGCUACAGCUGCUGUCUGAAUGGACCAGCAUAGUUACUGAACUUUAUUCUUGGAAACUCCUGCAUCCUACAGACCAUCACCAGAAUAAAGACUGCCCCGCAGAAGCAGAAGAAUAUGAACGCGCUACCCGAUACAAUUACACCGAAGAGGAGAAAUUUGCUCUCAUUGAAAUCAUUGCCAUGAUAAAGGGAUUACAAGUUCUCAUGGCCAGAAUGGAAACGGUAUUUGCGGACGCUAUACGUCGACAUGUCUACGCUGAAUUACAAGAUUUUGUUCAGCUUAGUUUGCGUGAGCCCCUAAGAAAGGCAAUCAAAAAUAAGAAAGACUUAAUUCGCAGCAUUAUCGUCUCAGUCCGAGAAACCUGUGCGGAUUGGAUUAGAGGCACUGAGCCACAGGACGACCCAGCUACUAAAGGGAAAAAAGAUCCUGAUAAUGGGUUUGAUAUUCAAGUUCCACGACGAAAUGUUGGACCUUCUUCGACCCAACUUUACAUGGUUCGCACUAUGCUAGAGUCGUUAAUAGCUGACAAAUCUGGUGGAAAGCGAACGCUACGUAAAGACAUUGAUGGAUCAUACCUUAUGGCAAUCGACCAAUUUCAUAAAAAUUCUUUUUUCUGGAACUAUUUGCUCAAUUUCAACGAAACACUGCAACAAUCGUGCGACCUUUCACAACUUUGGUAUCGAGAAUUUUAUCUUGAGAUGACAAUGGGCAAAAGGAUUCAGUUUCCUAUCGACAUGUCGAUGCCCUGGAUCCUGACUGAUCAUAUUUUGCGUACGAAGGAGCCUUCUAUGAUGGAGUGCGUACUUUUCCCCCUUGAUCUCUAUAACGAUUCGGCUCAUUAUGCGCUGACCGUUUUCCGCAAACAGUUUUUGUACGACGAAGUUGAAGCUGAAGUCAAUCUGUGUUUCGAUCAGUUCGUCUAUAAGCUGAGCGAACAAAUUUUCGCCUACUACAAACACCUUGCUGGCAGCAUCAUGCUGGACAAACGAUUUCGUGCUGAGUGUGCCGCAUUAGGUACGCGCUUUACCUACCCUCCUGCCAAUCGUUACGAAACUCUGAUGAAACAACGCCACGUUCAGUUGUUGGGACGUUCAAUUGAUUUAAAUCGAUUAAUAUCUCAAAGAGUUAACGCUGCACUUCUUAAGGCACUCGAGCUAUCGGUUGCACGUUUUGAAGGUGGAGAUAUCACCGGUGUAGUAGAAUUAAGCGGUCUCCUAGACGUGAACCGAUUAACUCACAAAUUGUUGAGCAGUAACCUUGCGAUGGAUGAUUUCGACGCUAUGUGGAGAGAAGCCAAUCAUAACGUUCUGGCACCCUAUGGCCGAGUGACGCUACACGUCUUCUGGGAACUCAACUACGAUUUCUUACCCACUUAUUGCUAUAAUGCCGCAACAGGGCGCUUCAUCAAGUGCCGAGACCUACUUUUCAGUCAGCCUGUUCACCGAGAUAAACCACCUCAAACGCCUUACCAUUAUCUUUGGGGCAGUAAGGCGCUCAACAUCGCGAAUGGAAACAUCUUCAAUCAAUAUUCCGGAUUUGUGGGUGCACCACAUUUUAAGGCUAUUUCAAAUCUUCUGGGUUACCAGGGCAUCGCCGUAGUCAUGGAAGAGAUCCUCAAGAUAAUCAAAUCGUUAGUACAGGGAAACAUUUUACAAUUCACCAAAACCCUAAUGCAGGCGAUGCCAAAACAGUGCAAAAUGCCUCGUUACGAUUACGGAUCAACUGGUGUCUUAGGAUAUUAUCAGGCCCAACUGAAUGACAUUGUUCAAUACCCUGAUGCGAGGACGGAAUUAUUUCAUAAUUUCCGAGAAUUCGGGAACGCGCUGAUAUUUUGUCUUCUGAUUGAACAAGCAAUGUCACAGGAGGAAGUUUGCGAUCUACUUCAGGCAGCGCCUUUUCAAAAUAUUCUUCCAAGACCGUUCGUUAAAGAGGGCGAAAAAUUGGAAGCCAAGCAGAAAAAACUGGAGAACAAGUAUGCGGCAUUGCAAAUUGUCGCCAACAUAGAAAAGCUGGGCACCGCCAAGCAAACCUUGAUUGCACGGGAGGGAGAUCUUUUAACCAGAGAACGUCUUUGCUGUGGUCUUUCUGUCUUCGAAAUGGUGCUCAAUCGCAUCCGCACCUUUUUAGACGAUCCAAUUUGGACGGGUCCUGUUCCUGUCAAUGGCGUCCUAACGGUCGACGAGUGUACAGAAUUUCACCGACUAUGGUCAGCUUUGCAGUUUGUGUAUUGCAUUCCUGUUGGCGAAAACGAAUUUACCGUUGAACAGCUUUUCGGCGAAGGACUUCACUGGGCUGGAUGCACUAUGAUUGCCUUGCUUGGACAACAACGAAGAUUCGAGGCACUGGAUUUCUGUUAUCAUAUUUUGCGCGUACAACGCGUCGAUAACAAAGACGAAACUGUGAAGGGUAUUCAACUAAAGCGAUUGGUUGAUCGAAUUCGCCGCUUUCAAGUCUUGAAUUCACAAGUCUUCGCUACGCUAAACAAAUAUUUAAAAACGAGCUCGGGUGAUGUAGAUUCUCAACCGGUGGAGCAUGUGCGUUGUUUUCAGCCUCCCAUACAUCACUCUCUUGCAGUGAAUCAGGGUCAUUAUUAUCGACCUGACCAACUACUUCGUCAGUCCAUGAAUGUAGCCAACACUUCUGGGAUAAUUGCAAACUUGACGCUAGAACAGCACUGAGCAUUUUAAUUCGUCUAUACAUUACUUGUUUUGUCUUAUCUAAUUUCAUUCAGGUUACGAAAUAUUAUGAAAUCAUUUCCCAAUCACUUUACAUCCUUUAAAGAAACCUUCAUUGCAACGAUGUUUUCACCAUAAUUUCUAUAUGCCUUAGAUCAGUUAGACGUUGCCCGUUGCGAUUGUAUUAGUCCCGACUUCUUGAAUACACCAUUCACGUAAA